CUCAGAGCCAUUCCAAGAUGGCGGAGAUCCCCUUGUAUUUUGUGGACUUGCAGGAUGACUUAGAUGAUUUUGGGUUUGAAGAUUAUGGACCAGAUUGUGAUAGCAUGAGGAUAACAGCAUUCUUGGACAUUCCAGGACAGGAUAAUCUGACUCCGCUAGCUCGACUGGAAAAGUAUGCUUUUAGUGAUAAUAUAUUUAACCGACAAAUUAUUGCGAGAGGACUUUUGGAUGUCUUCAGGGAUUUUAGUAAUAAUGAGGAAGAUUUCUUGACAGUAAUGGAAAUAGUGGUCAGGCUUUCAGAAGAUACAGAACCUACAGUACGGACAGAGCUGAUGGAACAAAUUCCUCCCAUUGCCAUGUUUUUGCAAGAAAGCAGACCAAGCUUCCCAAUGGCAUUCUCUGAAUAUCUUAUGCCCAUUGUUGUGAGAUAUCUCACAGACCCAAAUAACCAGGUUAGAAAAGCAAGUCAGGAAGUCCUGUUAAUUCUACUGGAGCAGGAUCUAAUUUUUCAGAAUGAUAUUGAAAAUAAGGUUUGUCCAAUACUCCUGGACCUAUCUGCUCCAGAUAGUGAUGAUGAAUAUAAAGCAGAAGCUGUGAAUAUAAUCUGUAAAAUGGCUUCAAUGUUGAGCAAAGCUACAGUUGAACGCUUGCUGCUGCCACGAUUUUGUGAAUUGUGCGGUGAUGGGAAGCUGUUUCAAGUUCGGAAGGUUUGUGCUGCAAAUUUUGGUGAGAUUUGUAAUGCAGUCGGACAAGAAGCUACUGAGAAAUUUUUGAUCCCUAAGUUUUUUGAACUCUGCUCUGAUAGUGUCUGGGGAAUGCGAAAAGCUUGUGCUGAAUGCUUUAUGGCCGUGUCAUAUACAACUUCUCCAGAGAUUCGAAGGAUCAAACUAUCACCUCUCUUUAUCAGUCUUAUCAGUGAUCCGUGUAGAUGGGUGCGUCAGGCUGCUUUUCAGUCCCUCGGCCCGUUUAUUUCUACCUUUGCAAACCCAUCCAGUGCUGGCCUUUAUAUCCGAGAGGAUGGAACUCUGAGCAUCCGACCUCUAGCACAAGAUAUAACUUCCAGUUCUAACUUCACAGGCAGUUCUACUGAUGCUUCAUCCUCCUGUUCCGUAACAGCCGAGAAAAUCAAGCCAGAUACUUUGACCGAGAGGAUAUCAACAGAAGCCGUUUGUUUUUUACAUGAUGAAAGCUUAUGUACUGAAAAAGAGGAAAAGACUGUGGUCUAUCCUGUUGCUCCUGAAGGCGAGCUAACUGGAGAUUCCCAGAGUGACAGUACUCAUGUGUUGGAGACUGUUAAUGAUUCGCAAAGAAACCAUUGCCAGGAACUGAACUCCAGAGUCCAUUUUGGAAAUUCUGAAGAUAUAUUCAAUAAUUUCCUUUACUGGCGCACUCCUCUCCCUGAUAUAAGUCAGGAUUUGGAAUUGCUUCAGCCCAAGAAAGAGCAGAUGGAGGAUGGAUGUUCUAAAAUCAGUUCUGUGUAUAGUAACUGUGCGGCCAGUAACAAAAUUAAAAAAGUCCUGGAGAGCUUGCAGGAGCAUAUGAUGGAUGAUCCAGAUGUUCAAGCUCAGGUUCAGGUAUUAUCCGCUGCACUUAGAGCUGCUCAUCUCGACUCCAUGAGUGAUUCAGAGGACAAAGCUUCAAAAGAACAAAAUGAACUUUGCAGUUCAGAUUCUAGCCCUGCCACAGAAAAUCAGAAUAUUUUGGCCUCUGUGUCAACUCAGGAAGAAAAGGCUGAAUCAUCUGAGAUUAAGGGAUUGCAAAUCCAAGACCCAGAACAUCUUAAUGGAACCAGUGAACUUUUGCAAAAUGAGCAGAAUCCUGAUUCUUCCUCAUUUGGAGAUAAAUCUAAAUUGCAGGAUAUUAUACCUCAACCAUUAUUAGAUCAGUACUUGUCAAUGACUGACCCAGCUCGAGCUCAGACUGUCGACACCGAUAUAACCAAACAUUGUGCUUAUAGUCUCCCGGGGGUGGCUCUAACGUUGGGCAGGAAGAAUUGGCAUUGUUUGAAAGAUACAUAUGAAACACUGGCAUCAGAUGUACAGUGGAAGGUACGUCGUACAUUAGCAUUCUCAAUUCAUGAAUUGGCUGUCAUUCUCGGAGAUCAGUUAACAGCAGCUGAUUUGGUGCCUAUCUUCAAUGGGUUCCUGAAAGAUCUGGAUGAAGUACGAAUUGGAGUUCUUAAGCACCUUUAUGAUUUCCUAAAGUUGCUUCAUGCAGACAAAAGGAGAGAAUACCUUUACCAGCUUCAGGAAUUUGUGGUCACCGAUAACAGUAGGAAUUGGAGGUUUCGAUAUGAACUAGCAGAACAGCUUAUCCUAAUUUUGGAACUCUAUAACCCCAAUGAUGUUUAUGACUACUUAAUGCAUAUUGCACUAAAACUCUGUGCAGAUAAAGUUUCUGAAGUUCGGUGGAUCUCUUUCAAACUAGUUGUGGCAAUUCUUCAGAAAUUCUAUUCCAACAAUGCAAGUACACUGGGGUUAAAUUUCAUAAAUGAACUCAUCAUACGGUUCCGACAUUGUUCUAAGUGGGUUGGAAGACAAGCCUUUGCCUUUAUUUGUCAGGCGAUCGUGAGGGAAGAGUGUAUUCCUGUGGAUCAGUUUGUCGAGCACCUGCUUCCGAGCCUUUUAAGUCUUGCUUCUGAUCCUGUGCCAAAUGUAAGGGUUUUGUUAGCCAAGGCGCUAAGGCAAACACUAUUGGAAAAAGCUUAUUUUAGAAGUGCUGGUAACCCUCAUCUUGAAGUUGUUGAAGAAACUGUGUCAGCUUUGCAGUCAGACAGAGACCAAGAUGUUUCCUUUUUUGCCACCCUAGAACCAAAUCAGAAUAUUAUAAACACUACUGCUCUGGAAAAGCAAAGUGAAUGAUUCUGUUACAAAUCCAAGUAUGGAUGAUUGCACAUUUUGCAUAUGUGGUCUGUGGUAACACAAAGAAGUCAAACUGUUUCAUAUCUGCUUAGAGAGGAAACAUUUAUUAAAUUUCAUAAUGGUCGCUAAAUCACUCUACCAGCAACUGUAAUACAUUUCAUAUUGGAUGAUUACAUAUUGUGAUUUUGCCAAACCAGAAAGGCUUUUGCUUUCCCUGUAAAACUUACUUUUAAUUAUUUUCUUUGGAAAUUAUCUAGAAUUGUGUAGAUCCUUUUGGUUAAAGGACUAUGCAAUGUCUCCCUAUUAUCAGAAUGGCUCACAGUAAUGUAUGUUUUUUAUAGCAUAUUAUUUUAAAAUAUGUUUAGUAUAAUAAAUUUACUGUAAGCAUGGAAUGGUUUAUAAACCUGGAAGCCUGAAGCUAGCAAGCUGUAACGUUUGGAUGCACUUAUGCCCUCUCUCAGAAUAGUGUAUAGUAUUGGCAGUUUAUUUUUUACUUAAAUAUUGCUGUACAUAUGUGAAUAAUUAUUGAAAAAAGAAAAUAUAUUAAUCCCACAUAAAUCAUAUAUCCAUAAACAGAAAAUACUUCAUAUAUAGUUUAUACUGUAUUUCAAGUUGAUACAACUAAAAUCCCAUAUUAUUUUGUUUUUUUAAUACAUUUAAAAUUGUACUGAAGGAAGAUUUAUAACUUUUGAUAUUAUGGUAGUUUUUAUUCUUAUAAUGUGUUAUUGGAACUUUUUUUUUCCUUAAGCACUUCGACCUCUCCUGUUCUUGCUGCUGGAACUGUAUGAGUAAAUGUAUAUGUUGAUAUUAGUGGAAGUUACAACUGACAAAUGAUUCAUUUUAUCUAGCAAAGUUAUUCGAAAUAAAUGAAUUCAAAAUAGGAAUUUUAAUAUCUGGGCAUUAACUUUUAGCUAAUGUUCUAUAAACUUCACAAAAAUUAGCAUCUACAGAUAACAUGUACCUAUUUCACAUACAGUAAUCAUUUUGGCAGGGGAGGGGAUGAAAGUGAAAAUAUUGUUUCUAAUUUAACCACAUCCAGCCCAAGACCCAAGCACUUGUAAUUUUGGCAUUAGAGGAAACUAUUGAAUUUGGACCGUUUUUGUUGUUGUUGUUGUCAAAAUGUCUUCCACAAUAUUUUAAAAUGUAGUUUUCUAGGUUCUAUGUUGUCCUGUUUACUAUUAAAAAUAGAUUUUUGUAUAUGUCCAUUCAGAUUUACUGUUUUUUUCUUAUUUUCUUGGAGGAAUCACUUAAGUUUUCAUUUUUUAAUCUAAGAAAGAACUUAAAAGAAAAAACUUCUAAAACUCUUCUUUCUGUCUACUUGAAGGUUACAAAAUCACUUUCUUGUUUCAUAUUCAUUAAAGUCUAAACAUAAGAGUUAACAUAAUUAUCCAAUUUUGCUUGUGGCUGCAGGUUUGCAGAGACAUUUGUUCGAGUCAAGAGAAAACUAAUAUUUGAAAGUUCAUGUUCAGUUUUUAGUUUAAAGGCAUUAUUUUACCACAACAUUUAAGCAGUUUUGACUUUUCCAACUAGAAAUUGGGAUUGUCAACUGGUUUUGGUGGCCUAGCAAUAAGAAUUUACUUAACUGGAAUCCUGUGUUUUGUACAGGACUUAAUUUUAUAUUCAGAUUUACCAAAAUUAUGUUAGUUUUAUUUUGUGAGGUGUAGGAUUUGCAUGCAAGAUAAUUUUUUAGAAAUUUUAGGAAGAAAGUGUUAAGAUUUUAAAAUGAUUCAAGCUCUCAAAAUCCACACAAUAUUCCUUUAAAUUUUUCUGUGAUUUAGUACAAAUGCCUCCCUAAUUCAGUCAUCUUUUUAUGACUGCAGCUUAUCUGUAAAAUGUUUUAGCAGUCUUAGUAUUUUAUCUAAUGUUGAACUUUUGCAAGUAUUUUUUAAUAGCAUAAAUUUUCUAAAUUUCUUUUUCCUUCUUGUCCUCCCCCCCCACUUUUUUGAUCUACCAUAAAUUUCUAAAGCACUGACCUUACUUUUUAAAAGUAUGCGGAGAUAUGUUUUUAGUUAAACUUUUUACUUUUAUCAUUAUGCUCAAGUUCAAAUUUCCACUCGUCUGUCAGUUCCAAUAAUCCAUUGAAAAAGCAGAAGGCAUAUUUUUUGUGGGAUAUUUUAUUUAAUAUUCUGUUAGGCAAAUGAACCAUUUUUUUAAUUUUCCAGAGUGUAAAUAAUCUCUGUUGAUUUAAGGACCUUUCUAGCUCUGAAAAUUCAUAACCAUUUUAAAACAAGUUCUUUAUAAUUGAACUUUAUAAACACUUAGUUGAUAUUUGCAAACAGUACAAAUAAAGACAGUGUGUAGCUGUAACAUUGAAGAUCUGACGGCUCAUAUUUCCAAGAUGUCCAUUUUUCAAUGGAUGUGAUUUUUAAAAUAAAAAAUUUCUGUCAGCCUCUCACUGUAGAUUCCUGCAGUGAUUUUAAACUGUGUUCACAUUUCAUUUCUCAAAAAAAUGGUUAUAUUGUAUAAAAGUACAUGUGGAACCAAUGUGUAAUUUCAUAAAAGCAAGUUUAACUUAUACUGGUUUUAAGGGACAAGAAUUUAAUGUAAUGCUUAGAUUCUGUGAGAAAUCAUUAGAUGCUUAAAAUUAAAAGUAUACUGGUCAUUUUGCUAGCCCAUUUACUGAUGUAUAAUACACAUCGCAUUUUACACUAUUCUCCCCCCUAAUGACAAGCAUCAGAAAACAGGUUUUAGAGUCCGAAUAGUGAGGGCACUCUGGAAGUGCCCUGAUGGACGAAAGAUAGAAUCUAUGUAACGUUCUAUUUGUGUUUAUCUUAAUAAAACUCAUGAUUGUCUAAUGAAAA